UAUCAUCAAGAUAAAGACGUCUUCAAUCAGAUGAUUUUUUUCACGGUUAGAGACAGCUUAAGUCUAUAUUUAUAUUUAUUUAUAUGUAUCUGUUAAACUGCUCAUUAGCUGCCAAACAUAUCACUGUUUGAAAAAAAAAAAAAAAAAAAGUUAGACGUUACAUCCAGCAUUUGAGGCAUCAAAGUAGAAUUCUUAACGGAGAUAACGGUUCACAAACAGACAGAUCAUUCUUGUGCUCACCGCCCGUUGGUACUACACUGAAAGUCAUCCGUUAUGGCCAAACCGAGGCUGUAAACCAUCAGUAAAUACGGCCAGCUUGACAGAGGAAGCACUGAGCAUGGCUGGAGAAUAAACUGUCAAUAGCUCGAGCAAGCAGGUGCUUGCACUUGUGACGGCUUUAUGUUCUCGGCUGGUCGGUGUUAACGAACCAUAAUCUGGCUAACAAGCGAGUGGCGGUUAGCGGUUGAGGCCAUGGCGAGGUAUGUUGACUGUUGCUGCUCACUGGGCUUUUUAUAGCUAGCUCAGUCCUGCGGGGCCGUUAACAGCUUGUUGGACCAUCGGGGGCAGCGCGCGACCUUGGGGACGUUGUCAUGGAUUUGACGCGGUUGGCUGUGGAUGCUGGUCAGUUCAUCAACCGGGCUGUUCAGUACACGGAGGAGAGUAUUGGCCAGGCGGACAAGACAGAGUUGGAGCCUGGUCUGGAGCAGCUCCUGGCCCUGGCAGACGCCACCAAGACCUGCACGGACAAGAUAAUCUGCCAGACUGAGGUUUUACUGCAGCCUAACCCCGGAGCACGGCUAGAGGACCGGCUGUAUGAGCAUCUGGAUUGGAGCGUCCCAUCUCGGCCUCGUGCCCUCGAGGCUCUGGGAGAUCAAAUGACCCAGGCUGGGCUAGAGAUUGGGUCCACCACACCCUAUGGAGCUGCACUGCUAAGGUGUGGAGAAGUUCAGAAGCAGCUCAGCGAGGAAGAAAGAAAGUUAGUCCAAAGCACUAACAUCCACUUUCUCACCCCUCUGAGGAGUUUCACUGAGGGGGAAUUCAGAGACAUACAGGAUGAGCGCAGGAUGUUAGUGAACAAGCGUUUGGACUUGGACAUAGCUAAAACUAGGCUGAGGAAAGCCCACGAGGCCGACCGAGAGGCCAGGAACCUGAAUGCAAACCCACUGGACGAUGACUACUUGUCUCACGUCUCCUACAUGUUCAGCUUCCUGCGUGUUAAAUGGCUGAAGGUAUGGGCUCAGGAAAUCUCUCAGGCAGAGAUGGAGCUCAGGAUCUGUCAGAGUCUGUUCGAUCGACAGACAGAAAUUACAAGACGGGCCCUGGAGGGAAUCAGCAACACUCACACCAACCACAUGCGGAGCCUGACUGACUUUGUGGAGGCUCAGGCAUGUUUCUUUGACCAGUGCAACCAACAUGCUCAGGAGCUUCAGAAACAGGUGGCCAGCAUUCCAGCUGUCCUCUGCUCCAAUAAUUGGCAGUCAGCAAUUACUAAUCAGCCAUCAACAAGCAGCCAUGUAGCAAAUGAGCCCAUCGGGUUAAAUCAGGUCACUCCAAUGCCAGUAGUCGUCCAUCAACUUCCAGAGUUCGACCAGGACUCGUGGACUGCAAAUCCACCAACCGGAACUAAAAAAAUAACAACAGCUUCCUCUGCAACCACACAGCCACUGGACCAGACAAACAACAACAAUAACAACAGCAUCUGCUCAAGUGACAGCCAAGAAAUCAGGUACGGUUCAGCAGCCAAUCAAGCAUUUGAUGCCAAUCAAGCAAAUUCAGAUAGUCACUCAGUAGAUCAGGUCUCAGCACCAAACAGGACGGCCAGCACACACGAGGCAACUGACAGAAUGACUGCUGAAUCCCCAGCUUCAAGCCAGACAGAGACAUUCAGUUCCACAGCUGCAGUAAUCAAUGGUGCAGGUAGUGCAGUGCCAACAGCAUCCUCUCAGCCUCCACAACCUAGUGGGACUGUGAAUGAGCCUCAGACAGCGAAUGCAGUGGCUUGUGAGACCAUGACAACCAGUGCUGUGGCUGAUGAGCCCCAAACAACUAAUGAGACGGCUAAUGAGCAGCCCACCAUUAAUGGAGAUGUCCAGGAGUCAUCAUCCGCCAGUCUGGAUGUGGUUCAGUAGAGACUCGUAUCUGGUGGGGGAUGUGAUGGCAGGCCAAAUCAAGUCUUGACUUUAAUGGAGCUUCAGCUGAAUUAGACCAGUGGUAACUGACAUUGUAUAGCUGAGAAUACAGAUACAGGAUCAUUACAACGUGGUACAGUAAAAAGAAAUGUAAUUAAUCCCAUAGGGAAGAUGAUGUGAAGUGGUUGUAAAAGUGCUUAUUUUUCUAAACGUUAUGUAGUGCCACAAUCAUUUUAGCCUUUAGGAAUAUUCAUAUAUUAUUAAUGUUGUAUGAAAAUGAUGAAUGUUGAGUAUCAGUCCUGUCUUGUGGCAGUAGAUGUAAAGUUUCCUGGCCUCAGGCUGCAAGUCAAGGCCUGACUGUUAUAUUUGCAGCGUGUGAGUGCUGUGUGAUGUUGAUUUCAGUCAAUAUCUGUCAAACUAAAUCUUUAUUUUUACAUUUAGCAAAGUGAGAACUAACAAAAUGAAAGCUAAUCAAGCUUUGUGCCAAGUAUACUGUGUGUGUGUGUGUGUGUGUGUGUGUGUGUGUGUGUGUGUGUGUGUGUGUUUGUGUCCAUAUAUAUGCACUCUAUCACUUGUAUUUACAGCUCAGCCAAACCUGUGACACCUUUAAAAAGAGGUGUGUGUGUGUACAUGUAUGUGACUUUCAAUGAGUUGAGGUCACUUUCCAUAUGAAACGUUUCACUUGUGCUGGGGAGCCCAGCGAGGUGACAAAACACCAGGCUUAACAGGAUCUUUAUGCUGUAGCACAGUUCAAAAUAUUCUCCCUCAUACACGCUCUGGGUGUUUCCCCCCCUUACAUGCUCAAAUCACAUACUCACUUUAACCCUUUUACCCCCUUAAAGCCCCCAUUAGAUGAAAUAGGUAGAAGUUUCCACGUCCAGAUGUUGUUCAUUUUCUUCGCGAGGGCAGCCCUGCUCUACUGUGGCGUGGGUCCGCUCUGGGGACCCUGGAUGGAAACACACACAUUAAUGUAGCAUUGGCUCUACUGAUGUAAUCACCCAGUAACUCUGUGCUCUCUGCUUUUGUCCCAAUACGUAAACAUGUGUGCGAGUUUGGAUAGCUACAGUAUUCACAAUGUAGUUGCAAGUUUUAAACUGCGCGUACAUGCAGCCACGACUCAGUCACAUGUUGUUCGUUGAGCUGGGGUUUUCACUUCAUUCAUCUGAAAAUGUGGAAAUAAAUAUGCAAACUGUGACGUCAUGUCAGUCCAAA